GGCGCUGCAGCGUUUGUGUGUAGCUUUUGGCCAAGAUGGCGGACUGGAGCGGAGGACAUGGGAGUGUGGACGACGUCCUGGACAUAGAAAACAAACGUCUGGCUGAAAACUUGGCAACUAAAGUGUCCAGACUGAAAUCUUUGGCCUAUGACAUCGACAGAGAGGCAGAGGACCAGAAUGACUAUCUGGACAACAUGGACUCAAACUUCAUGAGUGCAACGGGUCUCCUGAGCGGCAGUGUAAAGCGUUUCUCCACGAUGGUGCGGUCUGGUCGAGAUAACCGCCGCCUCUUGUGCUAUAUGUCCUUGGGUCUGGUGCUGGUCUUCUUCCUGUUGUAUUACCUGGUCACCAGGAUCCAGCGCUGAUGGCCAGUACGUCAGACGAUGGUUUAUGUGAAGCUGAAACAUUUCUUGCUCCCACUAAACUCACAGAACUGACCUCCAAACAUUUAACUGUAUCUCUGGUUGCACCACAAGAUGGCAGCAGUGUCCUCGUGUGAACAGACCAAAGGUUUCACUGGACCAUACAAUACCUGGACUUUGGAUUUGAGCCCUGGUCCAGCCCUUAUCAGUAAAGGUACAUUUUGUAAACAGAC